CUCCAUGGCGGCGAGUUAGGCAAUUUGAAGCAAGAAGUAAGGAAGUUGGUUAAAACAACUCCUCAAGAGUACCCUUCAGUACUCUUGUUAAAGCUUAUUGAUUCAAUGCAACGGUUUGGAGUGGCUUACCAUUUUGAGGAAGAGAUUAAGGACGCUCUUAAUCUUGUUCAAUUUCAUGACUUCACUGCCGAUCUUUACACAACUUCACUGCAAUUUCGACUUCGAAGAGACCAUGGUUAUACGAUCGGCUCAGAGGUGUUCAACAAAUUCAAAGACGGAGAUGGGAGUUUCAAAGAGGCCUUGAGCAGAGAUGUAGAAGGUCUUUUGAGUUUGUAUGAAGCUUCGCACUACGGAAUGCACUGCGAAAUUGACUUAGAAGCCGCCAGAACUUUCAGUGUCAAGCAUUUGAACAACUCAUUAGCUGGGAAAAUGGAGAUCGAAUUAGCAGAGCAAGUUCAACAGUCACUGGAAUGUCCCGUUCGUUGGAGAAUGCCGAGGUUAGAAGCACGAAACUUCAUCGAUCUCUACGAAUCGGACUGCGCAAGAAACUCGCUGUUGCUGGAAUUCGCUAAGUUGGAUUACAACCUGGUGCAGUCUGUACACCAGCAAGAAGUACAAGAACUAGCCAAGUGGUGGAUGGACCUGGGCUUGAAAGAAAAGCUUAGCUUUUCUAGGGACCGAUUAAUGGAGAAUUACUUGUGGGCAAUGGGAAUGGUUUCCGAGUCCCAUUUCUCUAAUUGCUGGAAAGGCCUAACUAAGUUUGUGUGCAUACUAUCAGCAAUAGAUGAUACGUACGACAUCUAUGGAUCUAUCGACGAGCUUGAACGUUUUACUGAUGCAGUGAACCGGUGGGACGUCAGGGCCACAGAUGAUCUACCGGAGUACAUGAAAAUAUGUUAUUUGGCCAUGUUCAACUUUGGAAAUGAAAUUGCUUACAAUGUUCUGAGAGACCAUGGCUUCAAUGUGGUAUCCUACAUCAAGGAAGAGUGGGCAAAUCUUUGCGGAGCAUAUUUGGUGGAAGCGCGGAGGUUUUACAGUGGGUUUACACCGACGUUGGAAGAGUACUUGAAAAAUGCAUGGAAAUCAGUGGGCGGUCCUGCCGCCAUAGCCCAUGCUUACCUCUUGCUAGGGUCUCCGAUAACUAAAACUUCUCUCGAUAGCUUCAAAGCCAGCUCUGAGCUAAUUUAUUGGUCAUCUAUUAUAACCCGACUUAGGGAUGAUUUGGGCACAUCCAAGGACGAGAUUACGAGAGGGGACGUGGCGAAAUCAAUUCAAUGUUACAUGAACGAGCGGAGCGUGACAGAAGAACAAGCACAAGAUCACAUCAAAGGUCUCGUGCGUGAAUCAUAGAGGAAAAUUAAUGAGACGAUUGCACAAAAUUCUCACCCUUCACCAAUGAUUUCGAUGUCAUUAAACAUGGCAAGGACUGCUCAAUGCAUCUAUCAACAUGGAGAUGGUAUCGGUACGUCGUUCGGCAUGACCAAAGAUCGUUUGACCUCAUGAAUCGUCGAUCCCAUUCCAAUCGAGCGGCUUACUCAUGGAGAAGUACGAGGGAGAACCCAUUACCCAUAGGCCAUAGGUAUGCAGUGAAAAACACAUGCUCCAUUAGCAAGUGAAGAAAAGAGAGCUAUGUAAGAUCUCUUUCUUUCUUUUUCUAAAUGAUCAAAAAAUAAGUUGUUUUCUUUUUUGGAUAAGUACAUUGUCGAUGUUUGUUGCAACUGUAAAAGAUGAUUGUGAUACUAGUCAAGUCACAAGCAUCAAAAUUAAGUCGAGCCAAUCAUCAACGUCUGAUGUCAAUUAAUUUCGUGAUAAUAUCGUCAAUGAUUGCGGGGAAUAGAACAUGGCCCGAAAAUCUCGUGGUAAAAUGUUUUGUCUUUUCAUGGUCCAUGUUACAAAAUCUCUUGUUGAAUAUUAUGAUGAGACACUGUAAACUAAUAAGUGAGUUUGUAAAUUUUAUGCAUUUUUUUAUGGUAAA